AUGGAACUUGGAAGGAGGAAUACCAAGAAAUACACUUUCAAAUGUCCUGACUUAACAGAGUUGAAGAAGCUUGGUUCUAUGAUAGUUAGUCUAGAGGAUUUCAGAGCUCAGUAUGGAAGACUUAUGGGUAUCUUGAAGACCAAGGUUGAAGAUGGAGAUCUCAACACACUGGUACAAUUUUAUGAUCCACUCUAUCAUUGCUUCACAUUUCCAGACUACCAACUUAUGCCAACUCUAGAAGAAUACUCUUAUUGGUUUGGUUUGCCAGUUUCUAACAAAUUACCAUUCAGUGGUUCAGAGAAGACCCCUACAUCAGCAGCUAUUGCAGAAGCACUUCACCUAGAAACGUCUGUUGUGAAGGACAACUUCACUAAAAAAGGAGGGAUUCUAGGUCUAACCUCUAGAUUCCUGUUGGAGAAAGCCUUUAUCUUUGCAGAAGCAGAUAAUAGAGAUUCCUUUGAAGCCAUUUUUGCUCUAUUCAUUUAUGAAAUUGUACUCUUCCCAAACAUUGAUGACUUCGUGGAUGUUAAUGCUAUACGAAUCUUCUUAAUUGGUAACCCAAUACCCACAUUACUUGGAGAUACCUACCAUUCUAUCCAUCACAUGACUAAGAAAGGUGGUGGAACCAUUCUUUGUUGUCCACCUCUCCUAUAUAAGUGGUUUAUUUCUCACUUGCCCAUAUCCAGGCUCUUCAGGGAAAAUCCGCAGAAGCUCAGAUGGUCUCAGAGGUUCAUGUCCAUUGAUCAAGGGAGUAUACAUUGGUAUGACCCCUCUUAUGAUGUUGGAGUAAUUAUUGACAGUUGUGAUGAAUUUCCUAACGUACCUCUCAUUGGUGUACAUGGGGGAAUUAACUACAACCCCAUCCUUGCCAGACGCCGGUUAGGAUAUCCUAUGGCAGAUAAACUUGACAACCUUUUGUUGUCCGGUUUCUUUUACCUCAACGACAAAGAGAGUUCCGGUUUGAAGGAUGGAAUCAUACAUGUUUGGCGCAACAUUCACAGGAAAGGAAAAGACCGAUUAGGAAGAAAGAAUUGUGUUGCUUUUGAGCCCUACACCCAAUGGGUUUGUGCUAGAGCCAGUGAACUUAAGAUGCCAUAUGCUCUUGAGAAAACCUCAUUCCCUUUUGCUAUAACAUCAUCAUCCACCAUUCCUAUUGAGAAUAGGGAAGAGUUUCAAGAAGUUUUGGAUAGGUUGAAAUUGGAAAGAGACACUUGGGAAGUCAAACUGAAUCACCAGUACAAUACUCAAGCCAGUCGCCGAAGAAGGAUGAGUCAACUUGAACAAGAAAACCAAGAGCUCAGGGAGGAAGUAAUCACCUUGAAAGACAGUUUGGAAAGGCUUACUGCUAUGAUGGACACUUUGGUGGUUGCUCAGAAUAAGUCAUCGAACAAUUCUCAAGAUCCAUUGCAACGAACAACAAUCUCUAAGAACGUCUCAACACCCAUUCUAGUGGCGGCCGUCAAUGAUAAAAAAUAUCACAUGCCACCUGGUUUCCUUUGGGGCAUGCCUCACGGUUAUAUGCCAACCGGAUACCGCCCUCAAAACGUUGAAGCUCCAGUAGUGACUGUUGUGAUAUCUGUACCUCCUCAUGUGGUACAUAUAACUCCUUAG